AAGCCCGCAAAUUAUUCCGCCCGCAAUCACCCGGAGCAGAAAUGAGCUCCGGCGGGGCUCCCCGGGUCUACUAUGAAUCAAGCCGCUCCUCCUCCAAGCCGUCAUUGAGCGGCUGUUGCCGCUGCCUCUUCUUUCUCGUGGUCCUCAUCGCCGUCCUCGUAGUUGCUUUCGUUCUCCUCGUCGUCCUCUUCGUCAAGCCUAAGAAACCCCAAAUCGAUCUUGACCAAGUCAAAGUCCAGAUCGUCGCCCCCACAACCGCCGCCGUAUCCUCCGAUGUCGCCGCCGCCGCCGCCUCCGAAGGCAUCGCCAUCACCAUGUCCUUCAACGUCACCAACGACAACAAGGUGGGAAUCACGUUCGCCGGAUCCCGAUUCGUCGUCCUGUACAAGGAGAUCCCGCUCGGCCAGGGAUUCGUCCGCGAAUUCUCCAUGCCCGCCCACACGGUCAGCCGGGUCUACACUGCCGUCUUCGUCAGCCCGGCCAUCUUGCAGCAAACCGAUGUUCAAUCUCUGCUCCAGGACGCUACUAAGGACCGGGUCGAGUUGAAGGUUCUAGGUGACCCGGGAGCCAAACUCGUCAUUCUCGGACUCAGUUCGCCCAAGGUUCAGGUGGCUGUGGAUUGCAGCAUAGAAAUCAGCCCAACAAAACUGGCUGUCAUAUCCCACCAGUGUUCCUUUGAUGGGGUUGGGGUUUGAGUGAAUGAAUGCCACACUGCUCUCCUCUCUUCUCAUUCAUUCAUUCACCACUACCAAUUUAAGCAGAUCAUGUUUUUCCUGAGCUUUUGAUUUUUGAUGCCAACCACAUUCAUCCAUUCAAAGUGGCUUUGAAACUGCCACGGCCGCCAGCCAUUAAUGUUGGUCAGUACAUAUCCAGUAACAUAUACUCCGUGCUUUUUUCCCUAUCAACAAUUCAACAUACCUGCAGUGAUUUCAACUCAUAGCACUGUAUUUAGUGCAUUUGUGAUUUUUGGCUAAUUUUCUCUUAACAUACAUCAAAAAGUGUAGAAAACUACUUUGGGGUGUCCUUAGUCUCAGGUCCCACAUUAGCUUAAAUAUACUUUGGGUUACCUU